GAUUAAAUUUCGAAUAAUAAAGAUGGAGUCUUGGAGGAUUAGUCUAGUGGUUGCAGCAACAGCCUUAAUAAUGGCGACGAUGGUGGCUGCUGCGGAUGAUAAGGCGAAAGACAAGGCAGAGUGUACGGAACAGCUGGUUGGUAUGGCGACGUGUCUUCCUUACGUGCAAGGACAGGCAAAGUCUCCGACGCCGGACUGUUGCUCCGGCCUCAAACAAGUUAUCAAUUCCGACAAGAAAUGUCUUUGUGUGAUCAUCCAAGACAGGAAUGAUCCUGAUUUGGGUCUUCAGAUCAAUGUCUCCCUCGCUCUCGCUCUUCCUUCCGUUUGUCACGUCACUGCAGACGUCACCAAGUGCCCUGCUUUGCUUCAUUUGGAUCCAAAUUCUCCGGACGCCCAAGUUUUCUAUCAGCUAGCAAACGGUUUGAACAAAACCGGUCUAGCCUCUGCUCCCACUGGCUCGGCUCCUGAACCCACCAGCAUGUCUCCAACUGCAGGAUCUGAUGAUGGUAAAGGUCGCACUACUUCUUUGCCAGGCUCGAACCACGCUCAAAGCUUCAUUAAAAGGUGGCUAGGCCUCGAAGUUGUUGCCCAUUUCUUCGUAAUUUUGAUUAUUAUUAUUCUGUGAGAACUCUUCUCAAUUUUUGUCUGUUUUUUAUUUUCUGUUUACUUUUCUGCAAAGAUAAUAAUUAAGAGGGACCGAAUUAGCAAUAUUUCAAUAUAAGUAGGUGAAGAUGAGAAUCUUUAAUCGUAGUGGGCCCGUAUAAAAACAUUUUUACUC